AUGCGAGCUUGGAUCGUGCUCGGCUUGUCGACGCUGACGUGCACUAAUGCAGUAUUAGGUUUACGCAAUACUGAACCUGUUUCAACGACAGCAUCCAACCGGGAGCGCAUGCAUGUGGUUCGCCGUCUAUACGGCUCACACGCGAGAGAUGUUCGCAAUGUUCUGGAUGAAGUGGAAACGCGUAUGCAACGCUACCAAACAGGCUUCAACGUGGACCCGGAACACGUUGUGCCCUACGAAAACCACCCCUUUGAGGAAAUGAAACAUCGAAAUUUACAAGACGAUGGAUCAGAAACGAGCACUACCGACACUGUCAACAAUUCCACUUCGCGCUUUCGCAAUAUGCGCAUUCGGUUCGAAACAAAAGCACUGGACGAUAUGCGGGACGCUACCAAUGCUGCCAAAAUUGAUUGGUACAAAAACCUAGUCCUUCCGGUCACAGCUCAAUUUUGGUCGCAAGCUCUGCAAGUCGUUCCGGUUGCGGGACGUUUGCGUAUUUCGGCUGGUGACCUCGAAUCGCGAACCUACUGUGGGGACUCAGAGUUUACCGCGGUACCUACCUCCCACGUUACCGAAGGUCUCGACAACACUGAUCUCGUCCUUUACGUUAGCGGAUCACCGUCCUCUCGUUUUUGCCCGGACAGGACCUUGGCAGUGGCAGUACCUUGCAAUUUUGAUCAGUGGGAUCGUCCCACCGCGGGGGCAAUUAAUGUUUGUCUAGACAAUAUCGAGCUAAAUCCGGAUGGAACCGCCACAUCAGAAGUUAAACAAGAUUACGUUGAUGUUACUAUUCACGAAGUCGCCCACGUGCUGGGCCAUUCCUCCAACAGUUAUCGAUUCUUCUGGGAUCCUGAGACGGGAACUCCUCGAACGACGCGACCGUUUUCUCCAAGAACAGUUACCUGUGUCAAUGGCGAGGAGCGGACCGGUAUAUAUCCCGGCGAGACUACAAUGGGAUUUUUUGAACGCAACGGCCAGCGAUACGCAACUAUUGUUACACCUAAGGUUCGAGCAAUCGCCAGAAAUCAGUUUGACUGUCAAAGUUUGGAAGGAGGGCAAUUAGAAAACCAACCAACCCGCUCUGAGUCCUGUACUGGGGAUCACUGGGAUGAGCGUCUAUUCUAUCCUGAAGCCAUGAGUGGAAUUAUUUCGCCCACAACGAAUAUUCUGAGCUCUCUGACGCUGGCACUGAUGGAGGAUUCCGGGUGGUACAAGGCCAACUACACGUCGAGCAGAAUGUCGCCUUGGGGGUUAGGGGUGGGAUGUGAUUUCGUCAACAAACCGUGUAUCGUUCAGGGUCGCAAUGGUCCAACAUUGCCUGACCAUGCGCUGGGUUUCUUCUGUAAUACUGAAGGACAAAAGUCUUGCUCUUCUGAACUGACACAUAAGAUGGCCUGCACAAUAGUUGACUACUCCAAAGAAUCUCCGCAAGAACUUCCCCCUAAAGAGAAUCAAUAUUUCCCGAACGCGCCGGGCAAAGGCGGACCACGACAAGGUGACUACUGUCCUGUGUUCGGCAGCACGUAUGACAACAAGGAUACCAGUGAGCUAGACUGUACCAACGCCGGCAACAACGGUGCCGCACUAAACUUCUACGGAGAGCGCUACGGUGAUGAUAGUCAAUGCAUACCAUCAUCGUCUGGAGAAGGACGCUGUUACGUCACAAAAUGCGUAAGAAAUCCUAAGGUGCUCGAAGUCAAUGUCGGUGGAAAGUGGCUGACGUGUGUGUCUGACUACCAACGAAUAGACACGGGUAUCAUCGGAACCAACAUACCGCAAACUUUGAUUUGCCCACGCAUCAGCCAAGCGUGCCCGGAUCUCUUCUGCCCUUUUAACUGUGCUGGCCGGGGGACUUGCAACUAUACCAAUAGAGUCAACGGAACGGUUCAGCCGAAGUGUGAAUGUUUUGACCCCGAUGAUACAUCAGAAGCUUGCUCGGACUCUCUUAUCCCCGAAGGGGACUUUUUGGACGAUUCCAGUGGUCUUUUUGACAAUCUAGAAGAGAACUUCUUCGAUCCUCUGCUAGUUGUCUUUAUAGACCAUCCCAACAAAUGGACUGGGGCUUCAUGGGCUUGGGCGACAGGGCUGAUUACUAUGUGUCUCAUUCUACUGCUCUGUAUCUGCUCUAGUUUUAUGCCGCAGCGAAAGUCCAAGGCCAAAAUCUACCGAUAGUCAUGGACUAACAGCCUCUGCACUAUGUUUCGGAUUGUUCAAAAGAUUCUAAAGGGAUGAUCAGAAUAGAAGCGAAUACUGUAUAGAACAAAUAUUGACAAACUUG